UGGCGGGAAAGAUCAGCAGAAAGGGUAAUGGCGAACAAGCUGAUCAGCGAAAUCCCACUCCCCAAAUCCAUCGCCAAUGUGUUCUCCGCCCGUAAUAUUUCUACUGCCAAGGACGCUUUAACUUUAACGGAAUUUGAGUUAAUGGAGUUGUUAGAUGUGGGAUUAACAGAAGUAAGAUCAGCAUUAUCACAGAUCAGUGAGAUCGUUGCUCCACCAUAUCAAACUGCACUUUCUUUAAUGGAACAAAGGCUUCAAAACGAGCACUUGGGAGGUCAUUUUCCAACAGGCUUGAAAGGACUGGAUGCAGCUUUAUGUGGGGGAAUUCCUUUUGGGGUUUUAACUGAAUUAGUUGGUCCAGCUGGAAUUGGCAAAACCCAAUUUUGCUUGAAGCUUUCGCUAUUGGCUUCAUUGCCUAGAAAUUAUGGAGGCUUGGAUGGUCGAGUAAUAUAUAUUGAUGUUGAAUCUAAAUUCAGUUCAAGAAGAUUGUUAGAAAUUGGAUUGAGAAGUUUUCCUGAAAUAUUUCAGAUGAAAGAGAUGGCACAAGAGAUGGCUGGCAGGAUCCUUGUUUUGAGGCCAACAUCACUUGCAGAAUUUACACAAAGUUUGGAACAAAUCAAAGUUUCACUCCUCCAAAAGCAAGUGAAGAUGCUGGUGAUUGAUAGCAUGGCUGCACUUGUUUCAGGGGAACAUGAGCAGGGUGCUCGUAGACAACAAACAUUGAGUUGGCAUAUUUCCUUCAUUAAGUCGCUAGCUGAAUUUUCACGAAUUCCAGUUGUAGUGACGAACCAAGUAAGAUCUCGAAACCAUGACGAUGCCUCUCGGUAUUCUUUCCAAGUUCAGAGUAGGGAUGGAGCUAUAGGGACUACCAUGCAAUAUGAUUCUCAUCUUGUUGCUGCUCUGGGGAUUCAAUGGGCCCAUGCUGUAACCACUCGUUUAGUGCUCGAAGCUAAAUCAGGUGAGAGGUUUAUAAAGGUGGCAAAAUCUCCCAUAUCUCCCCCUCUAGCUUUUCCUUUUCACAUUACUUCAUCAGGUAUUUCAUUGCUAAGUGAUGAUGGAAAAGAAGUGAUGGGACCUGAGAUAAACGCAAUUCACUGUCAAGGGCACAAUGAAAUAAUCAAUUUUGGAAUGGAAGGCUUGCAUUGAUGUAUCCUUUUCAGGCAUGAAUGAAUUCAUUUCGGAAAAUAAAUCAACAGAAUUCAUCGUUAAUCCACUUUACAGGUCAAUCUAGGAAUUGUUUUUUUCUUGAAUUUCAGUGAAUCUUGUUCAAGAUGAGGCUUCUCUUCCUUUUCCUUUCAACUUUGUAAAUCCUGCAAGAUCAACUCAAAAAGUAUGCUAAUGUCUGUCUUUACAGUCAAACGGUAUAAGGGAAAGGGAACAAUAGUUAGGUCCUUUGUUGGGUUAUCCCUCCCUUUAUUUGUAAUAUGUACAAAAUGAAAAUUUCCUGUCUUUUUUAUGGUAA